GUUGUGCGUCCACCUGGGUCGUUAAAAUAUCCGACGAUCGUGAAGGCAGCAGGGAUGCUGCCCUUUGUUAGCAGGUUGGAUGCUAGCAGUGCACCAACAGUGAGGCUGAGCUUCACGGGCAUGACACAAGCCUUUUAAGAGCAACCUGUUGUCCUGUCGGUCAUAUUCCUCGGCUGUCCACAUCAACGGACUAACGUCCACACUUGAGCCGCCAUGACGACGCGUUCUGAAAGAGAAAAAGCCCAGAAACUGAAUGAGCGGCAUCAGGCCAUUCUGUCGAAACUGCUGAGAGAGGACGAGAACAAGUAUUGUGCUGACUGUGCGGCAAAAGGUCCUCGGUGGGCCUCAUGGAACCUCGGAGUGUUCAUGUGCAUCCGCUGUGCUGGCAUCCACCGCAACCUGGGCGUCCACAUUUCCAGAGUCAAAUCUGUCAAUCUGGACCAGUGGACCCCAGAGCAGAUUCAGAGUAUGGUGGACAUGGGUAACAGUCUGGCCAGACAGCUGUAUGAAGCCCACCUUCCAGAGAACUUCAGUCGGCCACAGACUGACCAGGCUGUGGAGAUAUUCAUCCGUGACAAAUAUGAGAGGAAAAAAUACUGUGACAAGGAGGCUCUGGCUACAGCUCAGGUGGAACGAGAAAAGAAGAAAGAUGAGAAGAAAAAAGAGGACUUAGACAAAGCUGAUCGACUCAACAUGAAGUCGGAGUCUAGAGCCAGUCCCAAGAAAAGUAAAGAGGCUGCUGUGGACCUUUUGGGCCUAGAUGUUCCAGAUGGUCAAGGUAAAGGUUCAACAAUCAGUGAUGAACUGGACAUCUUUGGACCAAUGAUCUCCAACCCUCUUCCUUCCACCAACAACACACAACAGGCUAAGCCUGAUUCCAAGAGAGCACCUCAGCCAUCAGAUCACUCCACCUCUUCAUCUUCCUCCUCUACCUCCACUUGUACCACCAUAAGGGCAGAGGAGAAAAAGCUCUUAUCUAAAGACUCUAUCCUGUCUCUGUAUGCCGCCAGCUCAGUGGGCAGUCAGCCACACAGCCAGCAACAGCCUGCUACAGGGCACGGAAUACACAUUUGCCAGCCUCAACAGCAGAGCUUCAACAGCACCAUGAUGGGAGGAGGGGCCAUGAUGUCAGGCAUGACUGUACCUAACGGCAGCUACAUGGACAUGCAGCAGAACAUGAUGUCAGCCAAACAAGGACAGAACUUCCACAGCAUUCAGCAAGGGCAGUGGAGUGUGGGCCAGUUAUCCCGGCAGAUGUCAGGCAUGGCCACAAAUGGAGGCGCGCCACCAUCAGGGGCAGCCAGUUGGUCCGCAGCACCAGCAGCUUCCGGACAGACCCUCAGCACUCAGCUGUGGAAGUGACGAGUGAGCAGCCCAGAAAAUUAGUAGUGCAGCCUGUGGCACCUACUUAACAACCCUCCACCGUAGCAUCCCCAAGGUUCCUUUAAAAAGCCAAGACAAUACAGUGAGGGGGGAAAAACAAAACAAAACUGGCAGCCAUCAUGUUUUCUCUUAAGUGGAUCUCUUUUUGAUUUCCUGUUGGUAUUGUGUGAAGAGUAGGUAGAGUUACAGCACAACAAACAAUAGAGGACACUGCUGGACGGAGUAUCCGCUGUAGUAAUCUUAUAGUCCUAUAAUAUCAUGAAUAAAAUGAUUAGAUAGUUAAUAGUCAUUGACUACGUACAGUAGAUAUGAACCCCUUGUGGUGGUUGGUCUCCUCUCUCCGCUGUGCAUGGUAUAAUCCUCCCACACCUGCCCUCUCACCUUCUCUAUAGAGGUGGGCAAGUCAUAUUAUGGCCAGUACUGUAUUUGUGUGAAAAGGAUAUGUGAACUCCAGAGCCGUAGCCAGUGGUCACGUCAGUCAUUCAUGUCACGGACACUUUGACCUCAUCACAACAGCAAAUAACUAAUCCCAACAAGUAACUAAAUAGAACAGCAAAUGAAAAAACAAAAUGAAAGGAAGCUACCGGAAAAAGCAGGCACUGGUCAGGGAAUAGAUGUAUCGCUGAUUAGACGAGAGGGACGACUUGAUUGGAUGCUUUGACGAGGAAGUUAUUCCGCGUCUGACUUGGUCUUUGAAAUAAGCUUUACCGGUGAUUCAAACGUAGCUACUGCUAUCAAACAAUACUUUGACUGGGGACAUAUGUAACCCGUGAUUUUGUGGAUCUGCAUUACAUUCUGGAACUACUGCGACACUUCCUGUGCGGUCGACCACACCGGGGUUCGAAUCCACGCUCUCACCGUAUCAUGUAUUGGGAGACGAGUGUCCGGGCCGCUAACGCAGCGGCUAGCAACCUUAGCUUGCUCCCGUUACACAUACAUAUGAGGUGAUACUGGAUAGAUAUGCUCAAGGCUAAAUCAUCAUAUUCAAAUUAGUAUGCGCACGCUGACAACUCAUUUAAAACUGGUUGGGCUGCACAGACGUCGCCGUCCAAUCGAGUCGUCCCUCUUGUCCAAUCAGCGAAUAGUCUUAUCUCAAUCACCAGUACUACCUCUUCCGGUAGGUUCGUCCAAUCAGCAAUGAGUAUUAUCCACGAACAGUCUCUACCUUUUCCGGUAGCUUAAUUUCAUUUUGGUUUUUUUCAUAUGCUGUUGUGUUUAGUUAUUUGUCGUUGUGAUUCGUUAUUUUCUGUUGUGUUUAGUUAUUUGCUGUUGUGUUUUGCACUUCCGGGCCACCGUAUGUUUCUCCUUUCCACUUGGUGUAUAAAUCUCAUCCGAGGAGUCAGUCCUUACAGCCAGCUGUGCAAUGUGAAAUAAUUCAAAAUGAUUACAUUUGUAAGUUGAUUUGGUAAAACUGUUCUGAGUGUUUAGUCGUCGAUUCUCACACACACACACACACACACACACAUGAUAUAUAUAUAUAUAUAUAUAUAUAUAUAUAUAUGACAAUAUAGACAAUAUAGAAUUUGUGGUUGAUGUUUUAUGGUGUUGUUUUCAAUGAAAAAGCAGAUUCAAUUAGUAUAAUUGCUUAGCCAAUUCUAAAGUACAUUUACAGUAUGAAAAUAUGUAUCACUGUUGUUCUUAUAAAUUAUAUAAUUCAGUCAAUUAAAAUAUAUCAAGGAUCCAUGCUGAGUCAUUGUUCGACAUAUUUUGUUUGAGUUCGUUUAUGGCCGUAUACCGAAAAGUCCCCACCAAACCCGGCAUAUUUGCAUUGUAGUCCAUUACUACUGCUCACUGAGAGGCUGAUUGACUAAAGGUUUUCACAUGCAAAUAUGGGUGUAAACUUGAUUGCUCAUGCAAACAGACGUGGAAACUGAUCCACUAACAGGGCGCACCCAGGAUUACGUCUGCUUUCUGUGAGGAGUAUAUGCAAAUAGGUUACAUUAAUUUAGCACAUCCAAUGUGAAUUAUCAAACUGAAUUGCAAAUGAAUUGCAAUGGAUGAUUUUUCAUCUUUAAAAAGCACGUCUCAAAGGCAGGUGCAAAUGGCACCCCUGUGCGUUACCAUGAUGAGGAGAUGCAGGGAAAAUGAGGUGAUGUGGAGGACGGAUCUUUUUCACUUGUGUAAAAAUAAAGAAAUAAAAUAAAUGUUUUUCCCAUAGCCAAAAAUGAUUACAACAUAUCGUCUAUUCAGCAAUCCAAUUUUGGAGUUUCUGACUGAUCUAAGGGUUGACUUGGAACCAGUCAUGCCAUAUCAUCUAUAACAAAACUCUGCAUGUGGGUCAUUUCAGCACUGGGCUCUGAGCCAGUUAAGUCGUUCAUUUUGUUUGGGGACUGCUCCUGCAUUCCUGAAGGCAAUUUGAACUACCGCAGAAUCACAGCGAUCCAUCUCAGUGCACUUUAAAUACUGCAGAGCGAGUACCGUAUUUUCGCGACCAUAAGGCGCACCGUAUUAAAAGGCGCAGUCUCAGUUACGGGGUCUAUUUCUGCAUUUAACACAUACACAAGGCGCACCGUAUUAUUGGGCGCAGGCAUGGUAAAACAUACGCUAGCUUAAAAGAUACGGUAGCAUGCAUGCACGCUAAAACAUACGCCCCGUUGUGCGUAUCGCUACCGUGCCGGUCCCCUUCUUUGCUACCGUUCUUCUCCACAGUGUGGUUCACCGGGAUGUCGAAAGUGAGUGGCACCUCGUCCAUGUUGGUGAUGUGGUUGGGCUGUUCUUUGCUCAUGAAUCCAUUGCUCCAGUUGCUCUUUCAACUCGGGCCACCUCGCCUUAUUUCCGCGGAAACUCAGCUUCGUCUUCUUGACUUGGCGAAGCUCGUUUUCCUGCUUCCUCCACUUGCGAACCAUGGAUUCGUUGAUCUUGAAUUCUGCUCGAUUCCCAUGUUGCUCUGCGUAACUGAUAGCUUGCAGUUUAAACUGUGCUUCGUAAGCGUGUCUCUUCGUAGGUGCCAUUUUCGGGGGUCCUUAGCCAAACCGAUGCACAUACCGGAACUAUAUACCGAAUGGGGGCGUGCCUUUAGCGUCCUCCUUCACGCACAACCUUCCCCCUUUAACGUCCGCAUGCUGUCCUCAGCCAUGUCCGCCUUUCCUCUAUAUAAGCAGCGUGUCGGCAGGAAAUGCUCCCAGUCAGUCAAGCGGAGUGCUCAUCAAAGUCACACAACAACAUUUACAGAUUUUGGAUUUUGGUCCAUUUUGGAGAAAAUUUAAGACCUUUAAGUGCGCCUUAUGGUCGUGAAAAUAUGGUACUGUAUCUCAGUGUAUUGUGGUUCUGUUUCCCAAGAUUGUCCUCAGGGAACAGAAUAGUGAAAAGUGUAUUUACUUUCAACUGUAGAACACCCAGCAAAUCUCUUCCUCCAGUCUAUAAAAAUGCAAUGUAAAAUCCCUAGUUGAAUCUUAACCUAGUGUUCUGCCAUCCCAUUUUUAUUGUGUUUGUUGUUGCGUGUCGUGCAAAAGAAGCACAAUUAGUGUGAAGCAAAUAAACCUGCAUGACCAAUGAGACAGUGGUGACCUGUAUGAAAAUGCUUGAUGGGUCCCAUCAUUGCUGUUGAGUUCAUGCUGAGGGUAAAAGCAACAGUACAACUGCAAACACACACAAAAACGAUUCACUGCCACACCGAUGCAGAAAAUCACAUUCACUCCUAACAGGGUCCCGUGGCCGCGCAGUAAAUAUUCACUGUUAAGCGAACUAUACUGUAUGUGCUUAGUGUGGAUGAGACAUCAACACGACAUGUCGUCCAGGUUUAUUUACAUUUGUCUACAUUUGUUUCGGUGCCUAAUACAAAACAUGUCUCUGUGCAUUAAUACCAUAAAUGUAUCUGUGUUCAUUGUUGUUCAAAGACGAGAUUACUAUUUUGUGUUUUGGGAAUUCCAUUUCAUUUGUAUUGGUUCCAGCGUUUACCAGCAGAACAUUUGCAAUAAAGGAUGUUGGAUCCUUGA